AUGUCUGUGCCUCCUAUUUUCGCUGGGCUUAAGCUACUUGGUGCAUCCGAAGAGACCCCUCAUACUCUUGAAAUGUGUAAGACCUGUCAGCCCUCUAAAUUACAGAUCACCCAGCUAAGUACUCCGUACCAACAUAUAGAUCUUGACUAUGUCUGCCCUUUCUCAGCCAAGAUGUUCAAUACGUUCUACUCGCUGAAGCCAAUUAUCGCUGAGCGCUACGGCUCUCGGCUUCGGGUUAUAUUUCGGCAACAUAUACAGCCGUGGCACCCAUCAUCCACAUUGACUCAUGAAGCUGGUGCGGCUAUUCUCAAAAUCGCCCCUGAGAGAUUCUGGGAUUUCAGUGCUGCGCUUUUCAGGCACCAAGCUGAAUUCUUCGAUGUCAGCGUGGUGAAUGAAACGCGCAAUAAAACAUACGAGCGAUUGGCAAAAAUUGCAGGCAACGUGGGGGUAGACGAGAAGAAAGUACUUGAUUUGCUAACGAUUAGCGAGAUACCCGGUGACGAUGGGCAAUUGAAUGUGGGCAACCAAGUGACCAACGACAUCAAGUGGAUGGUUAAGACGGAUCGAGUAGUGGGAGUCCAUGUUUCGCCCACCAUUUUCUUCAAUGGAGUAGAGGAACGUGGCAUCAGUAGCAGCUUCACUGCCGCCCAGUGGGAAGAAUGGCUGACCAGAAACGUGAUUUGA